GAUGGACCCAGCGACCGCGCAGACUGCGGAGCAGUCGGUCACGUGACUUCAGCAUGGCGGUGUUUGCGGAUUUGGACCUACGAGUGGGCUCGGAUCUGAAGGCGCUCCGCGGACUUGUGGAAAACGCUGCUCACCUUGGCUAUUCAGUUGUUGCCAUCAAUCAUGUUGUUGAAUUUAAGGAAAAAAAGCAGGAAAUUGAGAAACCAGUAGCUGUUUCUGAACUCUUCACAACCUUGCCAAUUGUACAGGGAAAAUCAAGGCCCAUUAAAAUUUUAACUAGGUUGACGAUUAUUGUUUCUGACCCAUCACACUGCAAUGUUUUGAGAGCAACUUCUUCAAGGGUUCGGCUAUAUGAUAUUGUUGCAGUUUUUCCAAAGACAGAAAAACUUUUUCAUGUUUCUUGUACACACUUAGAUGUAGAUUUAGUCUGCAUAACUGUAACAGAGAAGCUACCGUUUUACUUCAAAAGACCUCCUAUUAAUGUGGCAAUUGACAGGGGCGUGGGCUUUGAACUUGUCUACAGCCCUGCUAUCAAAGACUCCACAAUGAGAAGGUACACAAUUUCCAAUGCCCUCAAUUUGAUGCAGGUCUGCAAAGGAAAGAAUAUAAUUAUAUCUAGUGCUGCAGAAAGGCCUUUAGAAAUAAGAGGACCAUAUGAUGUGGCAAACUUAGGACUGCUAUUUGGUCUGUCUGAAAAUGAUGCCAAGGCUGCUGUGUCCACCAACUGUCGAGCAGCAAUUCUCCAUGGAGAAACAAGAAAAACUGCUUUUGGAAUUAUUGCCACAGUGAAGAAACCUCGGUCAUCUGAAGGAGAUAGUGAUCCUCCUCCAGCUUGCAAGAAAUCCAAGUGUGAGGACUGAAACAGAGCACCCCAUUCUCUACCAGCACCUCCAUCUUACAGCCCAGCUUUAACAGACAUUAAAUCUUCCUGUGUUUACUACUUUCACGGGGAGUUUGAAAUCAAUAGCAUCUAUAAAAGACAGUUUUAUUCAACUCACUAAAAUAAUAAACAAGCUAGGGAAGCAGUUUUUAAAAAGGUCAGCUUAAUGAACUUACUCUAUAAAAGAAAAGAAAGUAUAUCCUUUGUAUCAGUCAUAACACAGAAAAAUAUAACUAAAAUAUUUUAAUAUUUAGAGAGACUGUUUCUUCAGUGCUAAAAUAUAGUGCUGCUUCAGUUUUUUAAAAGUUAGACAAGACAAAGGGGCCUGGUGGUGGCACACCUAAUUCAGCAUACAUGUUACAGUGUGUGAGGAUACGGGUUUGAGCCCCCAGUUCCCACCUGCAGGGGGAAAGCUUUGCGAGUGGUAAAGCAGGUCUACAGGUGUUUCUCUAUCUCUCUCCCUCUCUAUCACCCCCCUUCCCUUUCAAUUUCUGACUAUAUCCAAUAAGUAAAUAAAGAUAAGUGAAAAAAAAGAGAAGAGUUCCACUAUUAAAAAACAAAAUUUAUUUAAAAGUUAGACAAAGAGGUAAAGUUAUGCUGAAACUAAGUAGAAAAAAAGGAUAUAAGCGUAAGAUAGGAAACAUGAGAUGGGUAAAUUAAAAUUUUGCCAGGUUUUCAGCACAUACCACUACCAGAAACUAUUUUUUGCCAAGCAUGAAAUCAGUCAUAUCAUUUUGUCUAAAUUGAUUCAGUGCCUUCCAGUUCAAAUUCCUCAGAAGAGCACAUAACACAGAAUCUGACUAGAGGUUCAGAACUGUGUCUUUCCUACCUUUCUAUGUGUUUGGUGUCCUGCUGUAUAGCAGACACUGAAUAAAUAUUUACUAUCUGUAUAGAAUAAUAAUUGAAGUGAUAAAAAUAUUUCUUACUUAAAA